AAACCUCAUCAUUAUCUGCACGUUAAAAAAACUUGUGGCUGCCUUUGUUGCUAGAGCCUAGAGUGAGUGAGAGAGAACGGUGUAAUGGUUACCAAUGAGUUCAAUGGCGCAAAGCGUACUGAUGGCACUGACUGUAACAGUCAACCAGUUUGCUUCUUCAAAUGUGCAUGCAGUGCACAAGAAACAAGGCAAAUCCCCACCCCCCACCACUUCUAAACCAAAACCAAGUACCACGACGCCAAUUACAGCAGGUGCAGCAACCAGUGACACCAUUGGUAUAGGAAGGAGAGGUCUCAUUUUAUCCGCUGUGGCUUCCGCUCCUCAACUCAAUGAUUCCAGAACCGAGCUUCUCAAAAAGUAUCUGAAGAAAUCAGAGGAAAACAAAGCCAAGAAUGACAAAGAGAGACAGGACAAUUAUUACAAGCGCAACUACAAGGAUUACUUUGAAUUCGUAGAAGGGACUCUGAAAGGGAAGAGCGAGGAGCAGCUGACAGAAUCAGAGAAGGGUAUUCUUGAUUGGCUCAAAGCCAACAAAUAAAUGUACUCAAAGCCUUUUCCAACUUGUAAUCAACCUUUAACACCUACCUUACAAGCAUUUGGAAAUUUCGAGCUUUGAGAAGUAAGCUCUACUUACUGCCUUACUGCAAAUCCAAUAAUGUCAUUGAACAUAUUUUCUUCUAUUUUUCUGAUGGAUAAUAAUAUAAGCCAUUUCUAAA